AGCAGGCUUUGGAGCGGCGCGGGGUGGAAGAGGCGAGAAGGAGCGCGAUGCAGGCAGUUAGGUGCCCAGACCAUGGGACCUUAUGCUUUCUGAAGACCGGAGUCCGCGAUGGGCCGAAUAAAGGAAAGAGUUUCUACGUGUGCCGGGCGGACCCCUGCACCUUCGUGCGCGCCACCGACAUUCCUGUUUCUCAUUGCUUAUUGCAUGCGGACUUUGUGGUAGAGCUUCAGGGUUUACUUCCACUGCAGGGCACGAAAGAAUAUGGAUUGUUCUUCCGAUGCAAUCGAAGUAAGGCUGAGGGGAAGCAAUGGUGUGGAACUGUCCCAUGGCAGGAUCCUGAUUCCAAAGAACAUUCGGUAACCACUAAGGCUCAGCAGGCAUCUGAGCCAUUUCAUUUUCCUUCCAGUCAGAGAAACCCGUUCAAGGUACUUGACAAGAAUCAAGAACCGUCUCUCUGGAAACAGUUCAUCCAAGGUGGCAAUGAGGAAAAGAUGGCUGAUAAGCAAAGGGAAAAGGGGGAUCCGCCCUUGGAUCAAAAGAAGGAAAAGAGGACUGAAGCUAACUGCUGGAAGGAGCAAGAGCUCUCAUCUGGCCUGGGGGUAAAGAAAAAACAAUCUGCAGCUCAAGAGAAGCAGCAAGGGCAGAAGGCAGAGCUUCAGUGGGAAGCCAAGGAGGCUGAAGGGACGCACAAAAGAAACCUUUUUGAGAUGAAAUCCAGACAGCGCCAUGGGGAUGAGCUGAGAAAACCGCCUGCGUCUCCUCAGGAGAAAUCAAAUGGCAAGAGUUAUUCUGUGCCCAAAGAACCAGAACCUCUGAGAGUACAGGAAACCAGGACUUUGCCUCAGAAUGUUCACAGUCAGAACCCAAAAAGCAAGCCCCAGCAAGGGGAACAGCUCAGCAAGGAGCACCCCCAGGGCUGGGAGGCUGGAGAAACAAAGGCAAAGGACAACCCAAGCAUGCGGAGCACUCAGAAGAGGCUCCCAGGGCAUUUCCAGGUGCCAUCGGAGACCCGCGGAGUGCCCGUGCCAAAAGCAUCCGCCACGCAGCCUGCACCACUGGCCGCAGGGCACUCCCUGGGGAAGAGGCGAGAAACUGACGCAAGCAGUAGCGACAGUGAAGAUGAUGAUUUUGUUUCCUGUCAGCCAGGAAGCCCACUACUCUUUGAUAGUUCUCCGGAUUCACAGAAGGACAACCAUAAAUUCCCUAGUCAAAGUGUGCAAAGAAAAAUGUCUCCUGCCUCAGGGGUUUCCAAGAGGAUAGAACCUUCAGACCCAGCAGCCCAACGUACACACCUCACAACACAACUGAAACAGAAGAAGAGCACACUGGCAUCGGUGAACAUCCAGGUGCUUCCAGACAAGGGUCAGAAGUUGCUCAAGCAAAUUCAGGAGCUGGAGGAAGCACUCGGUGCUCUCGCCCUCUCCCCAGAGCCAGCAGGUCCUAGUGAGAAGAAUAAUGCUCAAGUACCACAGCAGAGUACCUCCACCCACGCUCCCAGUGACCCUCCCCGGUGGGUGCCGCCCAGAGCCCUGCAGGGUCAGGACCUCCAGCCUCUGGGAUCUCUAGGACUAACGGCUGCCUGCCAGGAAGCUGCUGGCGAGUCCAGGCAGUGCUCUGGAGGCUCUACGAACCACGAUAGCCUUUACGCCGUGUGGAAAGUCACAAGUAAAGCCAUUGAUGAGCUGCACCGAUCACUGGAGUCGUGUCCUGGCGAGACGGCUGUGGCAGAGGAUCCGGCUGGGCUGAAGGUCCCUUUGCUGCUGCACCAGAAGCAGGCAUUAGCCUGGUUACUCUGGCGAGAAAGUCAGAAGCCACAAGGAGGAAUUCUGGCGGAUGAUAUGGGAUUAGGAAAAACCCUGACAAUGAUCGCACUCAUCCUGGUCCAGAAGAAUCAAGAGAAAAACAAAGAAAAGGACAAAAACAUGGCCUUGACUUGGCUUUCCAAAGAUGACUCCAUUGAGUUUACUUCCCAUGGAACACUUAUCAUCUGUCCUGCUUCCCUGAUCCAUCAUUGGAAAAAGGAGGUGGAGAAGCGUGUGAGCAGCAACAAAUUAACAGUCUAUCUCUAUCAUGGGCCCAACCGAGACCAGCGUGCAAAAGUCCUCUCUACGUAUGACAUUGUAAUCACCACCUAUAGCCUUCUGGCCAAGGAGAUCCCCACGAAGAACAAGCAAGAGGGAGAGGUCCCGGGCACAAACCUCAGAAAGAAGGGUGUCUCGACCCCUUUGCUUCAAAUAGUCUGGGCUCGGAUCAUACUGGACGAAGCUCACAAUGUUAAGAACCCCCGAGUGCAGACUUCCAUCGCUGUGUGUAAGCUCCAAGCUCAUGCCCGCUGGGCUGUCACUGGAACCCCCAUUCAGAAUAACUUGCUGGACAUGUAUUCCCUGCUGAAAUUUCUUCGUUGUUGUCCAUUUGAUGAUUUCAAUCUGUGGAAGAGCCAGGUUGACAAUGGUUCAAAGAAAGGAGGAGAACGGUUAACUAUUUUAACCAAGAGCCUUUUGCUGAGGAGAACAAAAGACCAGCUGGACUCCACGGGCAAGCCCUUGGUGAUGCUGCCCCAGCGUAAAUAUCAACUACAUCGUUUAAAGCUUUCUGAAGACGAGGAGACUCUUUACAAUGUCCUUUUUACAACAUCUAGGUCGGCUCUGCAGUCCUAUCUAAAAAGACAGGAAAGUGUGGGUAACCAAUCUGGACAAAGCCCCAAUAAUCCGUUCGGUAGAGUGGCACAGGAGUUUGGGCCUGCUGAGCCUGGACGCUCUGCGGUGGCAUGCUCAAAGAGACCUAGCACCGUCCACAUAUUGUCACAGUUGCUGAGACUCCGCCAGUGUUGCUGUCAUCUUUCUUUACUAAAGUCGGCCUUGGACCCGGAAGAAAUGAAGAGCGAAGGCCUUUCCCUCCUUUCCCUGGAGGAGCAGCUCGGCGCCUUGACUUUGACCGAACUCCAGAAUGCAGAGCCGUCCUCCACGGUUUCCCUUAAUGGUCAGUGCUUCCAGGUGGAGCUUUUUGAAGACAUGCGAGAGAGUACCAAGAUUUCAAACCUGUUGGCAGAAUUGGAGGCAAUCCGAAGAAAUCCAGGGUCCCAAAAGAGUGUCAUUGUCUCUCAGUGGACCAGCAUGCUGAAAGUUGUAGCAUCGCACCUGAAGAGGCACAGAAUGACGUUCGCCACCAUCGAUGGCUCUGUCAACCCCAAACAGAGAAUGGACUUGGUGGAGGCUUUUAAUCACUCCGGGGGCCCUCAGGUUAUGCUAAUCUCUCUCUUGGCUGGAGGUGUUGGUCUAAACCUGAUUGGAGGAAACCAUCUUUUUCUUCUGGACAUGCACUGGAACCCGUCACUUGAAGAUCAAGCUUGUGACCGAAUUUACCGAGUGGGGCAGAAGAGAGAUGUUGUCAUCCACAAAUUUGUUUGUGAGGGAACAGUGGAAGAGAAGAUCUUGCAGCUCCAAGAAAAAAAGAAAGAUUUGGCCAAACAGGUUCUCUCAGGAUCUGGGGAAUCUGUCACCAAGCUCACCUUGGCUGACCUCAAAAUCCUUUUUGGCAUCUAACUUCCUGUUUCUAGGGCUCAGAAUUGUGCCACUGUUGGUUUGUAGUAGGACCUGGGGAGAACUACCUAACCGUGGUCCUUUGGGCUGCCCUCGCAUUCCAUGUCACCGUCAAGCCGUAUGCUCUCCUCAUGACGAGGCAUACUCUCGUCCCCGGAGUUGAGGAUCAGUUAUCAUAUUAACCAGUUGGUUAAUCAGUCAUGUUAAUCAAUCAAUGUCACUUAUUUAAUGAGUGACAUAAACCAAUAAAUUAUGUCAGAUAAAAGAAAA